AUGACUGCUUCCGAGGGGGAAUUCGAGAAAAAAGGCGUGGCCGCCGUGGAGCCAGCCCACGAUGUGGCUGCACCGCCGUAUGAGGAUAUGGGCGUCGCUGAAGCGCAGGAAAUCAGCCCUCUGAAACGGAGUCUGAAGAAUCGUCAUAUGCAAAUGAUCGCCAUCGGGGGAUCCAUUGGCGCUGGUCUCUUCGUCAGCACGGGAAGUGCCUUGCAAACCGGAGGCCCGGGAUCUUUGCUUCUUGGCUAUCUCAUUGUCGGAGGUAUGCUUCUUCUGACCAUCCAGGCACUGGGAGAGUUGGCUGUUCUCUAUCCUGAGAAUGGUGCCUUCUUCACGUAUUGCGUUCGCUUUAUCAAUCCUGCAUGGGGCUUUGCUGUUGGCUGGGAUUAUGCUAUCAGCUGGCUUGUCAUCCUUCCCUUCGAGCUCACGGCGGCCAGUAUCACAAUUCAAUACUGGCGAGAUGAUCUGAACGUUGGCAUAUGGAUUGCAGUCUUUCUGGUCGUGCUAUCCCUGAUUCAGUUCUUUGGAGUGCGAGGUUAUGGUGAAGUGGAAUUUGCUCUUGGCAUGAUCAAAGUUAUCGCUGUCAUUGGCUUCAUCAUCCUCGGUAUCGUGAUCGACUGUGGCGGCGCCCCUAAGGGUGGAUACAUUGGCACUAAGUACUGGCGUGACCCUGGCGCCUUCACUGACUUCCGGGGCUUCUGCUCUGUCUUCACGACAGCAGCCUUUGCUUUCGCGGGUACUGAGAUGAGUGGUCUCGCUGCUGCCGAGGCUGCAAACCCGGCCAAGUCGGUCCCAAAGGCCACCAAGCAGGUCUUCUGGCGUAUCAUGAUCUUCUAUGUUCUGGGAACCUUCAUCGUCGGCCUGAUCGUCCCCUAUACUGCGGAAUACCUGCUCGGUGCAUCGGGCGCGAACACCAAGGCGUCGCCUUUCGUCGUUUCCAUCCAGAAUGCCGGUAUCAAGGGUCUCCCGUCAGUCAUGAACGCCGUGAUCACUAUCUCGGUCAUUAGCGUCGCCAAUUCGGCCACAUACGGAUCAAGUCGGACAAUCCAGGCGCUCGCUGCCCGUGGUAUGGCUCCCAAGUUCUUGGCCUACGUCGACAAGGCCGGCCGACCGCUGUACUGCAUUCUCCUCCAGAUCGCCUUCGGCUUCCUCGCCUUCAUUAACGAAGCCUCCAGCACCGGAAAUGUCAUCUUUAACUGGCUUCUUGCGCUGUCAGGCAUCAUCAACUUCUUCGUUUGGGGCAGUAUCUGCCUCGCUCAUAUCCGCUUCCGCAAGGCAUGGGCUUACCAAGGGCGCACAUUGAAGGAACUUGCAUUUACUGCCCCCUUCGGUGUCAUCGGCAGCUAUAUCGGCCUCGGGCUCAACGUCAUGUGUCUUGUGGCCGAGUUCUAUGUGUCUAUUGCGCCAAAGGACGCCGAGGCCUUCUUCGAGAGCUAUUUGGCCGGUCCGCUGGUGAUCCUCCUCUUCGUGAUCUGGAUCGUCUACACGAAGAUCAACAAGGACCCUUCCCUGGAGCGUGGUGCCUGGUUUAUCAAAGUGCAGGACAUGGAUGUUCUCAGCAACAUGCGCGAUAGCGCGUUGGAUGUUGACCUACCCCCCAAGGUCGAAUAUCACACGUGGGGAGAGUGGUUAAAGGCUGCGCCCAUGCGUAUCGUCCGCUCAAUAUUCUAG